AGAUAUUAAUGAUCAAAAGUGUGUGUUGGCAAACGUGACAAAGGCAAACGGGAAAAGUAUUUAGGGACGGAGGGAGUAAUAUUUAUUACAUUUUCGUAGAGUUAUGCGGGUUACAUGGUGGAAAGCACCAAGCAAAUGCUGCAAUCAUUAGAAAAUGAAAUAAAGUUGGGACAAGCUGAGUUUGAAAUUGGUGAGUACAUGACUCGGCUCACGGCCGACAUCAUAUCUCGAACAGAAUUCGAUAGUAGCUACGAAAAGGGAAAGCAAAUAUUUCAUCUGCUCACCGUUUUACAGAAUCUGUGUGCACAAGCCAGCCGGCACUUGUGCUUUCCUGGUGGCAGGUUUCUACCUAGUAAAUACAAUAGGGAGAUAAAGUCAUUGAAAAUGGAGGUGGAGAAAUUACUGAUGGAGAUUAUCCAGAGCAGGAAAGACUGCGUGGAGGUGGGGCGAAGCAGUUCAUACGGGAAUGAUUUGUUAGGAAUGUUGCUGGACGAGAUGCAGAAUAAAACAAGAGGAGGAACUGAGGAAUUCAGCCUCAAUUUGCAGUUGAUCAUGGAUGAAUGCAAGACUUUCUUUUUUGCAGGACAUGAUACGACGGCUCUUCUUCUUACAUGGACUGUUAUGCUCCUUGCUAGCAAUCCUUCUUGGCAAGAUAAAGUCAGGGCCGAGAUUAAGGAAGUCUGCAACGGAAGCUCACUCUCCAUUGAACAUCUCCCCAAACUUACUCUGUUAAACAUGGUGAUCAAUGAAUCGCUUCGCCUUUACCCUCCAGCUUCUGUGCUUCCGAGGAUGGCCUUCGAGGAUUAUAAGCUCGGAGACCUCCACAUUCCAAAAGGAUUGUCCAUAUGGAUUCCGGUAUUAGCCAUACAUCACAGUGAGGAGAUAUGGGGAAAAGAUGUGAAUGAGUUCAAUCCAGAGAGGUUUGCUUCAAAGACUUUUGCUCCUGGCAGACAAUACUUCAUGCCAUUUGCUGCGGGUCCAAGAAACUGCGUUGGUCAAUCCUUUGCUUUGAUGGAAGCUAAGAUCAUUUUGGGCAUGUUAAUAUCCAAGUUUAGUUUCAACAUUUCUCAGAAUUACAGGCAUGCACCAGUUAUUGUGCUCACCUUGAAACCCAAGUAUGGGGUUCAGAUAUGUUUGAAGCCCUUGGAUUCGUGAAGAGUUGGAACAAUUUUUUGGUCUUGUUUUUUGUUUAAGAGUGGCUAAAACUGAGAGAUAAUAAAGUUCAAAUAUCCAAGUUUUGUUUUUACAAUAAUGGAAACCUUUACCUUUUGAAUAUUUGACUCAAGCGUACACAUAA